GGCUGCGUAUGCCUCGCAACACUGAAGGAUGACAGCUGGUCCGCUUUACUCUCCCAAGAGCCACUCGUCAACAUUCUUUGGAAUUGGCCGGCGGGCGAGAUGAAAUUCGUGCGAGAUGACCGCAGAUGACGAAGAUUCUAAUGGAUCUGUUCAAGACCUCGCCAACGGCAAGCUCGAGGGCUACAGGCAUCUCCUCGCAUCUGCAGAGCAUACGCCAAAUGGGAGUGCAGGCUCUCCGACCGGCUCAGUCAACAAUGACACUCGACCCCCCUCGCUGAGGCAGUCCUCCCUCUCCCAUCCUCGCCCCGAUGGCACCCCCCGAACGACGAACCGAGUGCGGUUCGAUAUCGAAGAGCCCCCGAGUACGCAAGUCCCAGAAGAAUGGGUUGACGACGAGGACUACCUCACUUCUCCCAGCCAGCACGCACCCCUUUUGACAGACAUUACUCCCCCGGCUCAGUCUCCCUUUCUCUCCGAAUCCUUCCAACCAGAGGACCAUCUACCGGACGCAAGACCUAAGAGUGGGAUGCGCAGUGCGUUUAUGAACAUGGCGAAUUCAAUCAUUGGUGCCGGGAUUAUUGGUCAGCCAUAUGCUUUUCGACAAGCUGGCAUGACCAUGGGAAUCAUACUGCUGGUGGUUCUAACAGUCACCGUCGACUGGACAAUCCGUCUGAUCGUGAUCAACAGCAAACUUUCAGGAGCCGACUCCUUUCAGGCCACCAUGCAGCAUUGCUUUGGGUCCAGUGGGCUGGUUGCCAUUUCGGUCGCACAGUGGGCGUUUGCAUUUGGCGGGAUGAUAGCGUUUUGUAUCAUUGUCGGCGAUACUAUUCCGCACGUUAUCGAAGCAUUGAUCCCCGGACUGAGGGACGUCCCAUUUCUAUGGCUGCUGACCGACCGGAGAGCUGUCAUUGUCCUUUUUAUUCUGGGUAUCAGCUGGCCAUUGAGUCUGUACAGGGAUAUCGCAAAGCUCGCAAAGGCAUCUACAUUGGCGUUGAUCAGCAUGCUGAUCAUCAUUGUGACAGUCGUCACUCAGGGAGCCAUUGUCGAUUCAGAACUACGGGGGAAUCUGUCAGGCCUGCUCUUCAUCAAUGACGGAUUCUUUCAGGCCGUUGGAGUCAUUUCAUUUGCUUUCGUCUGCCACCAUAAUUCCCUGCUGAUCUACGGUUCUCUCAAAACACCUACUUUAGACCGAUUCUCGACCGUGACCCAUUACAGCACCUUCAUCUCCCUGAUUGCCUGCCUUGUCAUGGCUCUGGCAGGCUUCCUCACGUUCGGUGACAAGACCAAGGGCAACGUCCUGAACAAUUUCCCGUCACAGGGUCAUGUGGUGGUCCAGAUCGCUCGAUUGUGCUUUGGGCUCAACAUGCUCACCACUCUUCCUCUUGAGUGUUUUGUCUGCAGAGAGGUCAUGAACAACUACUGGUUCCCCGAAGAACCCUAUCAGCCCAACCGGCAUUUGAUCUUCAGCAGCGCCCUGGUAGUCAGCGCCAUGUCGAUCAGCCUGAUCACGUGCGACCUUGGAGCCGUUUUCGAGCUGAUCGGAGCGACCAGUGCGUGUGCACUGGCAUAUAUUUUACCGCCAUUGUGUUAUAUCAAGCUCAGUACUAGAAGCUGGAAGACAAUACCAGCAGUGGCAUGUAUUGUAUUUGGAUUUGCUGUUAUGACUGUGAGUUUGGUGCUGGCUAUGAAGAAGAUUAUCAAAAACGAAGGCGAGCCCCAUCAAUGCUAGAUCGAUAGAUAUGAGGAAGACAGGCAUAAUUUCUGAGCCAAGUUCCACCUACCCUGUCCCAUGCAAACACUAGAAUGAGUAAUUUGCCGGAUCCUUUCCUUGCACUCACCACAGCCGAAAUGGGCACUCCUUUAAAAUCCUUGGCGCAGUCUCGCAUCUUCGAUAUCAUCAUGCCCCCGAAACGCAAUAGAGUCUGGACCAGAAUGCGAAGUCAAGACAGCAGUCGGCCCCGAGGCUGAUGUAGAUGCGAUGUUCGAUACUACUGUCGAAAAGGGGGUCAUGGCUAUGGAGCGCUGUACUCGGUCAUGUACAUUUGCAGGUGGCCUUGGACCUUCAUGUCGCCAAGCGUACCAAGAGCAUAGACAUGGGACCCCUUUGGUUGUCGCUAGCAGUCGACGACGAGGGGACUCGCGCCGGACUCUCCUUGGUAUCAAUUUCCCCAAGUACAUGCCCCUGAGGAUCUUUUACAAUGUGAAUUGGCAUCGUGAAUUUCGUGAAAUUGGAUGGUGAACGCCUUCGUGACGAUCAGAGUGUAUAUAGGUCCGCUAUAGGGGGAAGAAUUGUUCUCGUGAACACUGAAUACAGA